AUGAAGACAUGUUACUGGCAAGUCCGGAUUGCUGAGGAAGAUGAACACAAAAUGACUUGUGUGAAAAGAUUUGGGUCGUACAACUUCUUGGUCAUGCCAUUAGGCUUGACUAAUGCUCCAGCCACAUUUUGCACCCUAAUGAACCAAGUCUUCCGAGAGUACAUUGACGAAUUCGUAGUGCUCUACUUGGAUGAUAUUGUGGAGGAAAUCUGCGGCCGCAUAAUUAUCUUUGUGGCUGAACUUCAGCUUCUGCGGCCGCACAUUUUGACUGUGGACCGCAUUCUCAAGAGGCUUCACACUUGGUAUUCUGCAUCUUCUCUGAACUUAUCAAACUUUGUCAGUGCGGCCCGCAAAAUGCAUAAUUUGGUGUGUGGACCGCGCUUCUACAAAACUCCUCAGAGACUUUAA